AUGUCUUCCUUCUUUACCGUCCCCGCUUCGCAGCGCAAGCGCAAGAGAGAAGAUCGCGCCGCCGCUCCAGCAACUAAGAAAAGAGGCGUCGAUGCCAAAAAUGACGCCGCAGGAGGUCGACGAGCCCGUGCACGUGAAGACUCGAUCUCUGGAAGUGAUUUAGAUGAUGAAGAAGACGCAUUAGAGCCCAUGGGCUCUGGUUCAGACUCUGAAUCAGACUCUGACGGUGGAGAAACAGCCGCAGACCGGAGAUUAAAACUCGCAGAGCGGUAUUUGGAGAACAUUCGCGAAGACGUCGAGGAUACAGUGGGUUUCGAUGCUGCUGAAAUCGACCGAGACUUGAUUGCCGAGAGAUUGAAGGAGGACGUGGACGAGUUCAAGGGACGCACUUUCCGGCAGAUUGCCUCCCAUCUGUCUUUCUCUGAACCUUCUCAUUCCUUUUUCCGCUCCGAUACCCAGUCAACUACUUCCAUCGCCGUUCAUCCGCCUUACGCCUACACUGUCUCGAAGGACAAGACUCUGAUCAAGUGGGAAUUGGCCCCACCAAACGCACCGGCGACUACUGAAACGAAUGGAUCCUCAACACGCCCUCCUCGGCCGCAGCGCAAGAAGCCCAGGCGUGUUAAAUAUGCUCGGGGUGUGCGCAAGAUUGCCGAAACAGGCGAAGAGUCCGGUCACACUGGAAGUAUCCUUUCGGUCGCUGUUUCACCAUCGGGCAAAUUCGUUGCUACUGGCGGAGCCGAUAACCGUCUGGUCAUUUGGGAUGCCGAGACUUUGACCCCCAUGAAGACCUUCACCCAGCACCGCGACUCUGUGAGCAGUUUAGCUUUCGCACGCCACAUCUCAGCUAUGAGCUCUGGUGAACAACUCUUCUCGGGAUCAUAUGACCGUACCUUGAAGACUUGGUCGAUCAGUGGCGCUGGUCACGCUUAUGUCGAAACUCUCUUCGGUCACCAGGAUCACGUCACCUCAGUCGCAGCUAUGACCAUUGAUCAGUGUGUUUCAGUCGGAGCUCGGGACCGUACAGCUCGGUUGUGGAAAGUUGUGGAGGAAUCUCAGCUUGUGUUCCGUGGUGGUGCAUCCAAGAAGGCACCUUACAUUGAGAGCAACAUUGACUGUAUCGCUCCUCUUCCCCCCAAUCACUUCGUCACAGGUUCCGACUCGGGCUCCAUUUCGCUAUGGUCAAUGCACAAGAAGAAGCCGCUCCACACCAUCCCUUUGGCCCAUGGUCUGGAUCCUAUGGCUCCUUUGGAUGAACUCUCCCCCGAAGUCGACCCGGAGACUGCGGCUCGUAAUACCCGUCACAUGAGGCGUAUGCCUCGUUGGAUUACCGCCCUUGCAACGCUUCCCGGCACUGAUGUUGUUCUGAGUGGCAGCUGGGAUGGCUGGAUUCGAGCAUGGCGCAUUUCUGACGAUAAAAAGACCAUCAUUCCAUUAGGCCCAGUUGGCGCAAGCUCCCUGGGCCAGGCGGCUCCUGAUACGCCGUCGAAACAGCUCAACAAUGCUCUUGCACUCGAUACCACUCCGGAUCCCGACAAUAUGGAAGUUGAGAAGAAGCUCGAGAAGGAGACACAAGAGCCACAGCCGUUGAUCAAGGGUGUGAUUAACGGCAUUGCCGUGUUCGAGCGUCGUCCCGAAACCAUUCAUGCUUCUUCGUCCACAAAAUCCUCAUCCAAAUCUCAGAAAAACUCAGCACCUGAGGCUCCGGGCCUGUGCAUUGUCGCUGCAGUCGGCAAGGAGCACCGUUUGGCCCGGUGGAAGUGUUACGCCAAUAACUAUGAUCAGGGCAACGCUCCUGAUGGUCGUAACGGCGCUAUUGUUUUCGAGGUCCCGUUCACAUCCACUGAUGCUAUUGUGGAAACCGAUGUAUAG